AUGGCGUCCCUAGCAUAUGCAGAUGCGAUCAGAGACCUCAAGUUCAAUUCUUGCCUGGAAACCAUUUCAGAGAACUCGGAAUUGUGCUUGAGCACAGACUGCAGCGACGUUUCGGGCGAGAGCCCCAAAAGCUUCGAUGCAGCUGAAGCCCUCCUGUUCUUCGACUGGGAUGACACGAUGCUUCCAACCAGCUGGAUCUGUGAGCAGGGAUGGUUGAACGAAGAAGGCGGUCUGGACUCAGUCGAUGAAGUCACGUUGACUCGAGAACAGCAGAUCUUACUACAAGAGCUAGAGGUCAAACUUGAGCAGACUUUAUUGACGGCCAUGGCGUACGGCAGGGUCGUGAUUGUAACCAAUGCGUUGGAGGGAUGGGUGGAGACAAGCUGUGCAGCUUUCCUUCCAGGUUUGCGUCCGCUCCUGGAUGAAUUAGAUAUUGUUUCUGCUCGUUCCACAUACGAGAAUCUCGGGGAUGCAUCGCCUACGUCGUGGAAGCGGCGAGCCUUUGCAGACGUUAUCAUUGCCGCGAGCGAAGAGAUGGAAGACAGUAGGCCGAACAUUGUGUGCGUCGGCGACUCGAUGUAUGAGCACGCUGCACUUUCCGCUGCCGUCCAGGGUAUGCCCAGCUGCCUCAGGAAAUCAUUGAAGCUAUUGGAACGCCCUUGCAUUCGGCAGCUCAUCGAAGAACAUGACUUGCUGUUGCAAAAUCUCGAUCACGCAGUGGCGCACGAGGAUCACUUGGAACUCGAAGUGUCUCCCGAGAUGCUCUAG